AUGCUGGAUAAAUCCCAUAACCCAUCCUUACUGGACUUAUUACACCACCAUCUACCAGCAGCUACCACUCCACAGAUUACACCACUAGCUACCACUCCACAGAUUACACCACCAACUACUAUUCCACAGAUUACACCACCAGCUUCUACUUCACAGAUUACACCACCAGCUACCACUCCACAGAUUACACCACCAACUACCACUCCACAGAUUACACCACCAUCUACCACUCCACAGAUUACACCACCAACUACCACUCCACAGAUUACACCACCAUCUACCACUCCACAGAUUACACCACCAGCUACCACUCCACAGAUUACGCCACCAGCUACCACUCCACAGAUUACACCACUAGCUACCACUCCACAGAUUACACCACCAACUACUAUUCCACAGAUUACACCACCAGCUUCUACUUCACAGAUUACACCACCAACUACCACUCCACAGAUUACACCACCAACUACCACUCUACAGAUUACACCACUAGCUACCACUCCACAGAUUACACCACCAGCUCCCACUCCACAGAUUACACCACCAUCUACCACUCCACAGAUUACACCACCAUCUACCACUCCACAGAUUACACCACCAGCUUCCACUCCACAGAUUACACCACCAGCUCCCACUCCACAGAUUACACCAGUCCAACAGUCACACAGCAAAUUGAAUACAAUAGUUAACACUUCAGCACCACUGGGAAACCACAACCAUGUGUCAUACUUUACAGAUAAACAAUAG